CGACGGAUUAUGGAGUGGCCCGAGAGGGGGAGAUUCAAAGCUACUCACUCUACUGUCUGUGCAUCAGUGCGAUGUGUUUGUUUGUCCGCGGAGCCUCCACGUCAGCACGUGCCAACAAGAUCCAGCUAUACGACGACAUCUACUCACGGCCUGAGCUCAGACACCGCACCGGCCCUGUACCCCCUGAGGGUUACGUCAACGUCUUUUUGGAUGUCUGGGUCUUUCACAUAACGGAGGUCGUGGAGAGCAAACAGAGUCUGUCUGUGGGCCUGUUCUACAACGUGAGCUGGACAGACGCCGACCUGUCAUGGGCUCCCGCGGACUACGACAACAUCUCCUCCAUCAACAUCCCCACAGACAGGAUAUGGCACCCUUUCAUGUACAUUAUAAACACGCUAGACGAGGACUUCUCCAGUCUGGAAAUGGCGCCGUCCCUUGAGCUGUCGUCUGCUGGUGACGUCAAGCACGAAUUUGGCGCCAUUGUGAUGACGUCAUGUAACUAUGACCUGACUUACUUCCCCUUUGACGAGCAGACGUGUGCGAUCGUGAUAGGACUAAAGGGGGAGGGGGUGACACUCAGGACACAGCCACAAAACGUGAAGAGGGACCUCGGCGAGUACGAGACACUGAGGAGCUCUAGUGAGUGGAGCGUGGAGACAAGCACCAUCCAUGUCAUCCAUCACAAAAAGGUGACCAAAGUUGUCGUGACCCUUGCCCUGAAGAGGUCCCGGAUGUAUUACGUCAUGUGUAUGAUCCUGCCAAUCGUGGUCACCUCUUCGAUGACGUCACUCGUCUUCUGGAUCCCGCCCACUUCGGGGGAGAGAAUGUCCUAUCUGGUGUCCAUUUUCGUGUCGGCGUCCGUCUACCUCAACUUUAUCGGGUAG